UGGUUCGUGCAUUACGUUUCUAAUUGAAUAUCCAAUCGCGACCUCUUCUCGAACAACUGACACGGAAUGCACCGGGAAAACGAGACCUGGAGGUGACGAGGAACUCGGUUAGCCGCUACUUUUUGACAAAAGCUACUUAAACUUAAGAAUCUUAACGAACGGUGUUGAAUACAGAAAGGUGGAAUGGAAGAAAGGUUCUUGAUCGCGUUUAAGCAGGAAGAAUCGGUAGGAUGAUCAGCGAACCGCGACACCCUAAACCGGACUGUCUACUCCUUGAUGGUCAACCUUCCAUAUCUAAGUUAAUUGUUGUUUCUGCUUCACGCCAACAAUGAGGAGAGUCCCUGUCACCCUGGGCCCUCGCGAUUCGUCGUAUCAAAAGUUGGCCUGAAUACCGAAGAGGCACGUAAAAGAAGUACUGAAGACGACGAGUCAGUCAGUCGCAGAAGUCAGCCUCGUUCUCGAUGGCAACCAGCACGUCGGUUGUUAGCUGCCGAGGUAGAGGUGGUAGAGAAGCGCCUGGAAGUGGGGGAGCAGAACACCUGGACAACUUCCUGCCAGGGAGUAAGCACUUCAGUCUUCAGGAAAGAUCGUUUCACUUUGGUCGAGCUUUGGAUUUCGUGUAUAUCCGCAACGAUAAUACGAGCCUGGUACCAUCGAUAAAGAAGAAAUUCCGUCGCGUGUCUUUGAAUGGUACCGGUAUUUCAACGACGCCCUGGCGAUCUUCCGGAUUCAAUCGCGAAAUGACGCUCAUCCGGCGGUGAAUUUGAAAGACGAAGAUCAGUGCCCCUUCUGUUGGAUUAACGAUAUUUGCAGCGGUCGUGGUGUUGUUGAGAAGAAAUCAUCCGCUAACUGUCAUUGAUCAUUUUUGGACCUAAGAAUCGUUGGAAAAGGGCAGCCUGCUGGGUCAUGGAGAGAGUCACCGUGUGUCUUUUCAUCAUCGUUGCUUUGGCUGCACAAGAUUGCAAUGGCGCUGGAUGUGGUUACCCUGGGGCACCUGCGCACAGUAGUGUCCGAUUCACCGGUACAAGCGCCGAGGAUGUGAUAGAUGAGGAAGAUGCCCUUCUUAAGGACACGGUACUCCCCGAGGGUACAGUGGCUACUUAUUCCUGCGAACGGGGAUUCGAACUCCUUGGUCCUGCGAGGAGACAAUGCCAGGUGGACGGUUCCUGGACACCGGAAGGAGUACCCUUCUGCGUUUUAAAUGUCGCUGGAGGUAAGGCGCCGAUGCAGUCGAGCAGCACGGAAGGUGGAAUUCCGCAGAGGGCUGUCGAUGGUAGCAGCGGUCAAAUUUACACCCCUCAAACUUGCACCCUCACCAGACCGGAACACAGACCGUGGUGGUACGUGAAUUUACUCGAACCGUACAUGGUGCAACUGGUUCGAUUGGAUUUUGGCAAACCAUGCUGUGGCGAUGGUAUAUCUGGAACGAUUGUAGUUCGUGUCGGCAACAAUAGGCCCGACUUGGGAACGAAUCCAAUUUGCAAUCGUUUCACCGGACCCCUCGAAGAAGGUCAACCUCUUUUCUUACCCUGCAAUCCACCUAUGCCUGGAGCUUUCGUUUCCGUACACUUGGAAGCGAACACGCCGACACCGAUUCCGGUGCAGCUUUCUUUAUGCGAAGCUUUCGUCUACACCGAUCAAGCACUUCCGAUCGAGAGAUGCCCUCAGUUUCGUGACCAACCCCCAGGCUCGACGGCCACUUACAAUGGAAAGUGUUACAUAUUUUACAAUCGUCAACCGAUGGUAUUCAGAGAAGCUCUGGCGUUUUGUCGAGCCCGAGGCGGUACUUUGGUGGACGAAAGUAAUCCAGCGUUGCAGGGAUUCAUAUCGUGGGAACUUUGGAGGAGGCAUAGGAGCGACACCUCGAGCCAAUACUGGAUGGGUGCGGUGAGGGAUCAAAAGGAUCGCACGGUUUGGAGAUGGACAGGAAGCGGCGAAGAGGUUUCAGUUUCUUUCUGGAGUCUGCCUCAGGGCACCGAGGAAGACUGCGCUCGAUACGAUGGCAGCCGAGGUUGGCUUUGGUCCGAUACCCCUUGCACGGCUCGAUUAAAUUUCAUCUGCCAACACCAACCGCGAGCGUGUGGAAGGCCGGAGCAACCCCCAAAUUCGACGAUGACCGUGAUUACAAGCACAGAACAAAAUCCCGGAAGUGCGUACGAAGUUGGAGCAACGGUAGAGUACACGUGUAGCGCUGGUAGCCUACUUAUAGGCCCAUCCACUCGUACUUGCCUCGACACUGGCUUUUACAACGAAUUUCCACCGGUCUGCAAAAGCAUCGAAUGCGGCUAUCCAGCGAGUAUAAAACACGGAGGGUAUACGCUCAUCAACAAUACCGUUAGUUACUUGAGUCAGGUGCUUUAUUCUUGCGAAGAAGGAUACGAAAUGACUGGCCGCGCAAGAUUAACUUGCGACAUUGAUGAACGCUGGAACGGACCACCGCCCAGGUGCGAACCCAUCCUGUGCGACCCGCCGACACCUGUUCCGCACAGUUACAUUCAGAUAGAUGAAAUUGACGAAAGUGAAACGAUGCCAGCAAAGGCGAGCGUCAAUCGAAGUCUUCUCGUGGGUAGUAUCGUUACAUACACCUGCGAGAAGGGGUAUAAACUGACUGGAUUCAGACAAAUACUCUGCUUACCCUCUGGCUCGUACGAUCAUGCCGCGCCUACUUGUACAGAAGAACCCCGAAAUCCAGUGACUGUUCCUACUCGAAUGACAAUCAGACCGACCACAGCUAGGACUCGUCAUACAUUUUUACCGCCAAGAGUUCGCACAACAAUCGUCUCCACGACAUCCACGACCACAAUCAUACCGGUACCUUCUCAAAAGGCUCCGAACACCGCCGAAUUACCGGCAACGGUUCAAGAGACUAUUGCAAGGAAGCCAAGUGUUGGACUUCAAAGGCCAGCUCCGUCUCCUUCUACCGGCAUAAACGACGGCGGUAGCGAUCAUCCUCAGGAUAACGAAAUCUCUGGCAGCGGGGUGGAUAAUGCACAAGCUGGGAUAGGUACCGGUGUCCCGGAACCAUCGGGACCAUUCAGAGUGGACAGCGGUGAUCAACCGAGUAACACCCAUCAAGCGAAAUUAAAUCUAGGCGCAGUGAUCGCCCUGGGUGUCUUCGGUGGUUUUGUAUUCCUUGCCGCUGUAAUUACGACGGUCGUAAUACUCAUACGCAGAAAUCAUGGUAGAAGCAGCAAACACUAUCGGCAUCGUGCGUCUCCUGAUUGCAAUACCGUGGCUAGCUUUGGAAGCAGUUCCUUGGAGAGCAGAGGAGGUCUGAACCGUUAUUAUCGUCAAGCUUGGGAAAAUCUACACGAGACGGCCGGUCACAAGGGCAACCAUCCUCCUCUUCGUCGCAAGGAAACCCUGGAUGAACCAGGAUACCGAGAGAAUUACCGUGGUAACAACACCGAAAGAGAUGGCUCUGAAUUAGUCGUCAGCGACGUAGCUACUUUUUCAUCGAACAAGCAUGCAAGCAUUUCUGACAAGAAACGCCAUCACCAUCACCAUCAUCAUCAUCAUGGUAACUCGACACCCGAAUGGAGACAGUCUCAGUCUCAGUCUCAUCACAGAUAUUGAACACCGAACGCAUUAGGUAGGAUCUUUUGUAUUUGAGGUUUUUCAGUGAAUCAUUUACUGGAUCACGAAUAAACUUCCAUCGUAACUUAAAUAGUGCUUUCUAUCAAAAGAAGCUCCUCGUAUCAACACCAUGGAAACAGGAGAAGAAUAUGGGUUUCUUCUAUGCUCUUGGAAUAGCACCUGGAAAGCACUGUUUUAUCAGGUAUUCUGUAAUUAACAACAUAAGAACAUGUUCCUGUGUUUUGUCUUGAUGCAGAAUCAUCGUUUCUUUCUUUUUUUCAAUCAUAUCAGCAAUUACAACUGUACGUCAAUACAUUUUAAAUGGACCUGAAAGUGGUGAGUGAUUAAACGUUGCGUAGGAGAAUUGAUAAACGUGAUUUAAUAGAUAAAAGGUAGAUCAUCCUACAUUUGUUGUUCUGUUAUACAGUAAAUUAUUUACACGUACGUUAAUACGUAAUGUAAAUACCGUAUAUUCGAAUAGUAUAAGUAAGAGAAGAAAGUUGUGAAUGUAGGAGGAUCACAAGUUGAUCGAAGAACAUGCCAAAAAAAUGAGAGAGUAAUAUAUAUAUACGUAUAUAAAUAUAUCUAUAUAUAAUUACUGAUCAAACGAUUUAUAAUAUUUGUUUCUUUUUAAGUUAUUGUAGUUCGUUUAUAAUAAUGCUCUCAACGUACAAUAUUCACGAAAAUCACAUGUUCGAUAAGAUUAAAAACUGUUAUGGGCACCUUGGCCUCGCCUUAUAAGGACAUUGAUGAAAUUUCUCAUAACAUAAUAUUUUUAGGAGACACUAUUAAGGACAGGCCGACGUUAUCCAUUUCAGAAUCAAAAUUGAUUUAGUUAUAAUGAUCGACUUAAGAUAAUUUAAGGAUAUUCACAUCAAAUCUGUUUUCACAGAUUCGAGUACAUUAAUGAAAUAUUUAUAUUUAAUAUCAUAUUAUUCACCUAAAUAUUUCUUUCCAAAUUCAUCGAAAUAAAAUACAUUAGUAAAUAAUCUGUAUUUAUUUGUUGACUGAAUUAAGAUGUUCAUAACAUAUAUUUAUUUAAUAUUUCAAUAAUCUACAGAAAAUU